CACAUAUGAGACACCGACUGAUCUCUCCAUUGUUAUGUGCUGAUUUAAUCGCCAACUUCUACGCCAACUAUUCCUAGACCCCUUCCACGUCUUCCUGAUAUGAAUUCCAGCAAUUCAUAUCAAAUUAUCAAUCCAUAUUCGAUACCCCGGUCGGUUACUGUAUGUCACCAAGAAAAUAGAGUGUCCGUAUGCUUGGUUACGAUGCUAUGAGGUGCGCUCCUUUCAAAUUAAAUACGAAGUUUCCGCAGCUUGACGACGAAUCAGAAGGGACUACUUCUAGAUGUGGUUCAUGAUAACUAUGGUCAUUGUUACGCACACACUUUCGCGGAGGUACUUGGAGCAGUUUAUGCUCAUGAGCUCAGUUCCCGGAAAAAGGAUUGGCCUGCAACUCAUAUCCCUCUAUCAGCUCAGCAAAUAAUUGACCAGCUGCCUGUUGUAUAUCAAAAUGAAAAUGUCUUGGAACAGUUCAAACCAGAAGUUGGUUGGGUGAUAGAGUACAUGAAAAACUACGGAGUCACCGCAAAAAGUGAGUAUGAUGAACGAGCUGAAAUUGAGGAAAAUGUUAAUAUUCAGCAGAUGACCCGUUAUCGUCCCAUGACAAUAACAAAUAUUGUCAAUUCUCCUAAUCUGAAGAAGGAGUUAAGGAUGUACCCUCUCGUGGGGGUGAUGGCGGCCGGCGAAACUCUUUACGAUUAUAAAUGCAAUGACAUAUAUGCAUUGAAGGGACCUGCAGAUCACGCUGUGAUUCUCACCGGCUACGGUGUUGUGGGAAAACAACCUGUUUUUGAAUUUAAAAACAGUUGGGGUCCUGACUGGGGAUCAAAAGGAUAUGGUCUCAUACAUUGUGACGCGAUUCUGGAUAUAUGGAAGCCCAGUAACAUUGACGUUGUUAUGCCAGAUGAGGAGACUUAAUUUUCUGAUAGGAUCGAGCGCUUUUUGGAUCGUCUUCGACCUUAGAAUGCGUAUCUGAAACUGUUUUCAAUUUUUUUUUUCAGAUACGCUGAUAGGCUUACUUGUUACUAAAAAAAGUUCAGUUUCUUUUCUUCGUUAGAUCUUUUGUUUCACUCCAAUCUUGUUACUAAAAAAAGUCCAGCUUCUUUUCUUCGUUAGAUCUUUUGUUCCACUCUGAAGGGAUUUACUUGUCUCUAGAUUGUUCCAUUUGAUCACUUAUACUGCCCCAAACAUGUGACUGGAUGGUGUUCUUAAUGAAGCCUGGGAAGUAGUAAUUGAGUUUUGAUUUUGUCUA